AUGCAGCCGUCGGCCGAGCUCCGAGACACCGUCACUGCAGAGGCUGCGCGGCUGCCUACGAACGCGCCCCUCGCAGCGUACGCGCCCCCGUCAAGUGCCCUCGGUGGCGAGUCGACCGACCCGUCUUCCGCCUACGCCGGGACGCUCGAAGCGAUGCAACACGACGUCUCCAUUUCGGCUUCCGAGACGUCUGCGGAGCCAACGAAAAAAGGCAAAGGCGUUGGGAAGCGGCUGACGGAUCGACAGCGUGUCGAGAUUUUGGAUCUGCUCGAGAAGAGCAGCGGCAGUUUGUCGAACGCGGAGAUCGCGAGGCGCUAUGGCAUUACGCGCGCGGCGAUUCAGAAGCUAAAGCAGAAAGGGGCCGAGGUGCGGGCCCGGUACCGCUAUGGCAGUACCGACACGAGGGACGGACGGAAGCGAGGGGGGCACGUGUUGAGCGUGCCGUUCGAGCGAGAGCUGUUCGAGUGGGUGCGCGGGCUAAAGGCGCGGAAAGUGCCAGUCCCGCCGUCGCUUGUCAAGGAGAAGGCCAAGCUCUUGGUGCCCAAGUAUGGGCUUGGCAGCUUUCAGGCGUCGAAUGGAUGGUACUACAACUUUUGCAAGCGAUUCAACUUGUCGACCGGUGUCUUGGUGGAGGAAAAAGUACCUGCGCUCGCAGAAACGGCCACGAUGGAUGACGACACUACAAGCUUAGACCCUGGUCAGCCACAGCUCCAGCAAAUGGCAAUGAACGCGCUCGAGCCGCAAACGUUUGGUCAGCACUUUCAGCAGUACCAGCAGCACAUGGCUGCGAUGGCCGCUGAACCGUUGCAGCAGCAGCAGCAGCAGCAAAGUGCUACUCAAAGGAGCCAGUCCAAGAGCGAUCGAAUGAUACACCUUCUUGAGCAGCAAAAUGCGAUGCUCGAACGUCAAACGAGAAUGAUUGAGGACCAGGCUACAGCCAUAAAGAAGCUUGUCGCUAUGGUGACAAAGGCUGAUACGACACUCUGA